UCUGAUUGGCGGAUAGCUUUUUCUCUCUUCUCUGAUUGGACAGUGAGUGAGCUGUCAGUGAGGUCUGGAGGUCGAGACGUUGAAGCUGCCGCUCCUCGGAGGAGGAGGCUCCUCCGUCAGCCUAAACCGCUUUGAGCUCUGUCGGCCUGUGUUACGGACGUCACUUCUUCUCCUCAUCUCGUCGCUGACACUGUCGUGGACUUUUGCAUAAAACAAGGCUCAAAGAUGUCCCAGAAGAUCAAGGCAGGCUCUGUGGUGGAGAUGCAGGGAGACGAGAUGACUCGAGUCAUCUGGGAGCUCAUUAAGGAGAAACUUAUCUUUCCUUACCUGGAGCUCGACCUGCACAGCUAUGAUCUCGGCAUGGAGAACCGAGAUGCAACAGACGACCGGGUGACGGUUGAGGCGGCAGAGGCAGUCCGACGUUACAACGUGGGCAUCAAGUGCGCCACCAUCACGCCAGAUGAGAAUCGCGUGGAGGAGUUCAAGCUUAAGCAGAUGUGGCGUUCGCCCAACGGCACCAUCCGUAACAUCUUGGGUGGCACGGUGUUCAGGGAGGCCAUCAUCUGCAAGAACAUCCCCCGCCUGGUGCCUGGCUGGAUCAAGCCCAUCAUCAUUGGCAGACACGCCCACGGAGAUCAGUACAAAGCUACAGACUUUGUGGUGCCUGGGCCUGGGAAAGUGGAGAUGACGUACACACCUACAAAUGGAGAGCCAGUUAAAUAUGUCAUCCAUGAGUUUGAGGGCACAGGCGGUGUUGCCAUGGGGAUGUACAAUACAGAUAAGUCCAUCAGGGACUUUGCCCACAGCUCCUUCCAGAUGGCUUUGACCAAAGGUUGCGCUCUUUACCUCAGCACCAAGAACACCAUCCUGAAGAAGUACGACGGUCGCUUCAAAGACAUCUUCCAGGAGAUCUACGAGAAGGAAUACCGUGCUCAGUUUGAGGCCAAAGGCAUAUGGUAUGAGCACCGCCUGAUAGAUGACAUGGUGGCCCAGGCCAUGAAAUCUGAGGGAGGCUUCAUUUGGGCCUGCAAGAACUACGAUGGAGACGUACAAUCUGACUCUGUGGCACAAGGCUAUGGCUCCCUGGGUAUGAUGACCAGUGUGCUUAUCUGUCCUGAUGGACGCACCGUCGAGUCUGAGGCCGCCCACGGCACAGUAACUCGCCACUACAGACAACACCAGCAGGGAAAAGAGACCUCCACCAAUCCCAUAGCCUCCAUCUUUGCAUGGUCGCAGGGCCUGCUCCACCGGGCAAAGCUGGACAACAACGCAGCGCUGCGAGUGUUCUCUGAGUCGUUGGAGGCAGUUUGCAUCGAGACAAUCGAGGCCGGUUUCAUGACCAAGGAUUUGGCCAUCUGUGUCAAAGGCCUGGCAAAUGUGACACGUGCUGACUACUUGAACACCUUUGAGUUCCUGGACAAGCUGGCAGAGAACCUGAAGGUUAAGCUAGCUAACCAGCCCAAACUGUGAUCUCACCUCCCAGCCUUGGCCGUAAAACACAGUCACACACACAUUUAAACACACGCACACAGAGACAACUAUACAGCUACUACAAUUAACACUGGAGCAGGACGAAUUCCGCCAAGGACGCCGAGAGAUCUACACACUGAAACUAAGUGUUCGGAUCAAGCAGGGUGUCUUGUCCAGAUAGAGGGGAGUGGAGGCUUGUGAUCAGUGUUGGCCGUCGUCAUCUCUGUUAAUCCAUCAGUAGAAGACAGCCAUACUUUAAAAAAUAAAAAAAACACUGUCUCCGGGACUGCCACUGAGCUCAGUGACCUUGUUUACCAUAAUUGCACUCUGUUCUCUAAAGUGAGUGUGUGUUGUUAGUAUUCAUUAGUGAGCUGUGCAACAGACAGGGGGGACAGAAUCGGUCUGGAGAGGAGCCUCUGGAUCCUCAACUGCCUUAUUUGUUUAGUGCCAAAGUCAUCGGUUGAUUCUUGCUUCCCCGUGUCUUUAAGUGUUU